AUGGACAUAACAAGGGUUUACGUUGACGACGAUAACGCUGUGUAUCACAAGGUAAACGACAAUGAAACAUACACGUGCGAAUAUAGCGUACCUCAGAUGUUAUGCAAUCUCAGAGGGGCAAAGGGUGGAGACCUAGUGGAAAGAAUCUCAAAUCAGUAUGGCUCAGUUAAAAACAUCUGCAUCAGAUUGGGCAGCUCUCCAGAAAAUGGUUUGAUUGACAACGAGCAAUCGAUCCGUAACAGACGCUCACAACUCGGAGCCAAUUUCAUCGAACCGAAACCCCAAAAGUCCUUUCUUCGUUACGUCAUCGAGGCCCUCAAUGACGUCACACUCAUCGUACUCACCAUCGCCGCCAUUGUGUCUUUGGUACUUUCCUUCAUAGAGGCCAAUAAGAGUAGUGCCAAAUCCGACCCAACCAAAGGUCUGGAAUGGAUCGAGGGAGCUACAAUCCUCAUCGCCGUCGUUCUAAUCAUUCUCGUCACGGCGUUCAACAACUGGACCAAAGAAAGGCAAUUUCGAAAUCUCAAAAAAAUCGUCAGUGGCCAGCAAAAGUUUUGCACCAUUCGCUCCGGCCAAGUCAUGAAUAUUAAUAAUACCGAACUUGUCGUCGGUGACGUCUGUAUCGUGAAAUACGGAGACAGUAUUCCGGCGGAUGGACUGAUAAUUCAGAGUAACGACAUGAAAGUGGAUGAGAGUAGCAUGACAGGAGAGAGCGAUCCUGUAAAGAAAGGGGUUCACGAUGAUCCGCUUCUGCUCUCUGGUUCUCACGUUUUAGAAGGUUCUGGCAAGAUGGUCAUUAUCCGAGUCGGUUUCGAUACCGAUUACGGUCGGGCAUUAUCGUUAUUAACCGGUUCGAAACCAGCAGCUGCUAAUAUCGACGCUGCAUAUGCCGCAACUGCUGAUGGUAGUAACAAUAGAUGUGGCAACGGUGGUGAAGGUUUUGGAGGUAGUUGUUUGGGCGGUUUUGGUGUGCAGAAACCAAAUGGAGCCGUGAAUUUAGAAGAAUUGAGUCCAGAUUCAGUGGCGAUCAAGACACCAUCAGCAGCAGCGGUAGCAGGCCUCAGUAACACGGCUGAUGGAAUGUUCAACGACAACGACGGUGAUGACUACGAUGCCAAAUCGAUCCUGAAGAAAAAAGUCGACAAAUUAUCCAUCGAAAUUGGAUAUUUCGGCAUCGUAAUGGCAGUUGCAACAUUGAUAGUCCUCAUUGUGCGUUUCAGUAUUGAGAAGUUUGCCAUUGAAAAACUUCCAUGGGACAGCGACUAUGUGCAUGAUUUUAUCGGGUUUGUCCUCAUAGCCAUCACCAUUUUGGUCAUUGCUAUACCCGAGGGUUUGCCACUUGCUGUCCUGCUCUCAUUGGCUAUUGCCGUCAAGCGAAUGAUGAAAGACAAAAAUUUGGUCCGUCAUUUGGACGCCUGUGAGACAAUGGGCAAUGCAACGUGCAUUUGUUCGGACAAAACUGGAACGCUCACCACCAAUGUUAUGACCGUUGUCGAGUGCUAUAUGGCUUCAACAACAACCAACAACAACAACAACAGCAACAACAACAACAACAACAACUACAACAAUGAAAAUAAUAAUAAUAAUAAUAAGAUGCAAAAAGGAGCGAGGAAGUGUAGCGGAAAUAAGACGGAUUGCUCCCUGCUCGGUCUGCUGUUGGACAUCAAAUUGGAUUACAAUGACGUUCGGAAGCAGUAUCCACAGGAGAAUUUUGUAAAGGUUUACACUUUCAAUUCUCUGAGGAAAUACAUGGGUACGGCCAUCAAAUUAGUAAACAACAACAGCAACAACAACAGCAACAACAUCAACAACAAUAACAACAACAACAAUAGUAACAACAAUAGUUUUAACAGUAAUACUCGCGUGAGAUUAUUCGUGAAAGGGGCUUCGGAAAUACUGCUCUCCAAAUGUACCCACGUGAUCACGAAAACCGGAAAUCCGGUUGAGAUGACCCUGGCAAUGAAGAAUUCCGUCAUAGAUGACGUCAUUCACAAGAUGGCCACCAACGGAGAGAGAACGCUCUGCAUUGCCUACAGAGAUUUCCAUGAUGACGCUAAUAUUGAUUGGGAUGAUGAAAAUGACAUCGUCUCCAGCCUAACACUGCUCUGUGUUGUUGGCAUUGAAGACCCCGUCCGAUCUGAAGUGCCAAUGGCUAUAGCAAAGUGCCAAGGAGCUGGUAUAACAGUUCGAAUGAUAACAGGCGACAACCUAGCGACUGCCCGGUCAAUAGCGAAGAAGUGUGGCAUUCUACAUUCGGCUGAUGAAUACGACGAUAGAGUAGUUAUGGAAAGCCAACAGUUCAACGAAAGAAUCUUCUCGACAAACUCUAGCAGCCACAGCGUCUGCACCAGUUUUGGCAUCAGUGAUAACAACUCGAACAACAACCUUACAAAUUCGUUCAAGCAGGAGACAAUGGACCAGGUUUGGCCAAGACUCAGAGUACUGGCCCGUUCAACUCCAACAGAUAAAUACAAUUUAGUGAAGGGCAUUAUGAAUAGCAGGUUAACCAAAGAUCAAGAGAUUGUGGCGGUAACAGGAGAUGGAACGAACGACGGACCGGCCCUCAAAAAAGCACACGUCGGGUUUGCUAUGGGCUUAACAGGAACCGACGUGGCAAAAGAAGCGUCUGACAUAAUCCUCACGGACGACAACUUCACUUCGAUCAUCAAGGCUGUCGUCUGGGGCAGACAUGUUUUCGAUAGCAUCACCAAAUUUCUACAAUUUCAACUUACUGUCAAUGUCGUCGCCGUUUUCAUUGCGUUCAUCAGCGCUUGCUUCGUAGCGGACACGCCAAUCAAAGCAGUCCAGAUGAUAUGGGUGAAUCUAAUUCAAGACACGCUGGCCUCUUUGUCGCUAGCAACCGAGUAUCCGAACGAGAGCACCAUAAUAAUUCUAGGCGACGAUCUACUCGGAAUAAAAUCCGGAGAGGAUGAAGACAUCCGGGGAAUCCCGAACCAACAUUUCACUUUCAUUUUCAAUCUCUUAGUCAUCAUGUCCCUAUUCAACGAGAUCAAUUGCAGAAAGAUUGAUGGAACUUUCAACGUCUUUGAAGAUAUACAACGCAGUCUUCUCUUCACUGUCCUCUGGUCUCUAACAAUUUUUCUUCAGGUUAUCAUCGUUGAAUUCGGUGGCUAUGCUUUCUUCACGACUGGCUUGUCCAUUGAACAAUGGAUGUGGUGUCUGUUUUUUGGCAUCAGUGAACUCCUUCUAGGCUUGAUUAUAAAUGUCUUGAGAUUCGAGGUUGAUCAAGUAAUGAAAAGAUGGAACAUCAGUGAAUACACUACCCUCAACAAAGAACACAACGUGCUUAUAGAUUAAUUAAUUAAUACUGCUUGCUCUAUUAACAUUAUUUUGUUGAAAUGAUCUGGGUUUAUUUGUUUUUAAUACGAAAUAAUAAUUGUGAAAUAAAAGCUCAAAAUA